CAGCAGCUGAAAGCAGAGAAGCAGUCCAUGAGUGAAGAAGUUCAGCGGCUGAAAGCAGAGAAGCAGCAACUGAACAAAACAUAUGAAUACACUACUGCAAUCCCAACGGUGACAAUGUGGAACACAACGAGUGAUAUAACUGUUCAUAACAGUUCUAUUUCAUGGAUGUGGAUGUCCCACUAUCGCCGAAGGAGGCAGCUUGAGCCUUGCCAGAGAGGAUGGCUCCAAUUCAAGUCCAGCUGCUACGUGACCAGUAACCAUGACUCUCUGGAUCAGAAGACCUGGGAAGGAGCUCGAGAUGACUGCAGAGGAAGGAAUUCAGAAUUGGUUGUUAUAGAAAGUCCAGAGGAACAGGACUUCGUCUAUAGCAGCUUAAUUCGGUUGGGAGCCAGUGACUACUGGACUGGCUUGAGGGUCAAAAGUGGCAGCUGGAACUGGGUUGAUGGACGUAAUCUGACUAAGCACUACUGGAUACAACCACCAGCUGACAACGAGGGCUGUGUGAUUUCUGUCAGAGGGACCAGUGGGUGGAAAGCUGUGAGCUGUGACAUCAAAAAUUCUUGGAUAUGUGAACAGGGCGCUCUGUCUGGUUAAAUAUUUCUCCUAAACCAGAGCAUAUAAGGGUAUUUACUCUAUAUAAGGCAAUACUGAUUGACUCAAACAUACUGCACAGAAAUAUGAAGAUAUAUGCUUUGAUAUUUAAUCGUAAUAUAUGAAAGAUGAUUUGAAUCCUUUAUAGAAACUGUACUCUGUCUAUUAAUAAAACAUGAUUUUUAUUUCAUAAGUAUAUGCUAAUAUAUUGUUUGAAUUAUAUACAUGUAACUGUAUUUUUUCCUGAUUGCCAUUUAAUGGCACUUGGAGGAUAAUGCCUGAUGACUUGCGUUUGUGCUUUCAGCCUAUAUUCGUUAUUCCUUGAAGAUUUCUCAGGCAGAGACACUGAACAAUCUGUGAGGAAUACCAGUUUAAUCCCGUUUACCUGUGAAUAAGGCUAGAUCUGCAAGGUCAUAAUACAAUGGGAGAGAGAGUUUGGCAAGAGACACAUUUUUUUUUUUCGUUUUUGGAAUUUUGGGGCAUUUUAAG